CUCACUUUUUUGCCUCCAUCCAGUCUUUCCAACAACAUCUUGCUGCUCCCAACAAGCUCAUCUACUUGAUUACUGUAUAGGAAGGAGAGAAAUUAUACCGAUCUAUUCAUCAUCAAACAACUUCGCCAUGAGGGCUCUAGUUUUUCUUUUCCUGUGUCAACUACUUUCAGGCGCAUUCGCCGUCAACAAGGAGAAGGCGCUCCGAAAGCACAAGAUACCCCGUACACUGACGGGCGAACUGAUCUUUGAAGUAGACGAAUACGAGUGCAGCGAUCAAAGCGAUGACUUUAGCAGUUACGUUCUAAUCGACUUUCACAAAGACAUCUCUGCAGUCACCAGUGACGAGUUAUCCGCUUUGGCGGAAGCCUUCCAGAAUACUUAUGCAGAGGUCAGCUUUGCCUUGUGUGACAUUCCCGCGUUCCGCACCAUUUCCGAUGCCUCCAUCGAUACAAUCUAUGAAGACAACGAGAUCUAUCCAUAUGAAUAUACAAAUAGCUUCUUCAAAAAGACCAACUUGACUCAUCUUCUCAAGGUGGAUGUGCACGCCGAGUGCCGAGAGUGCGAAGAUCAGGUCAUCUUUGACGGCAAGGGUUUGGAAAGUGAGAAUUCUCCCAAUCUGGAGGAAGUUGAUUCCAUUACGGUCACGACCAAGACAGCGGAUGGAGUCGAGCUUCUGGAAGUCAAGACUUCGAAGAAAUCCUCGGUGACUGAGACUUGUGUGUGUCCCAAAGGUACCGAACCUGAAUUCAGAGCUCCCACAGAAACUGAGUUCAGCCAAAUUUUUGCUGAAAGCGUUGCAAGCCUUAACAGUGAAGUCCUCGGUGAUAUGUUUGAUCUUCAUGAAGUUGAAGAGGUAGACUGUAGCAGGGAUGUGUCUGACUUCUCCUCCGUUGUGUAUGUUCGCCUCGACGGUGAAGACCUCUCGACGCUUACGGAGGACGAGAUUGUGGCCAUGGAAGAGGGCUUUAUGGCCACUUACAACGAAUUGAACUAUGCAUUCUGUGACUACCCUCACUUCCGAACCAUUAAAAAUGUUACCUUGGACAGGGCAUCUAUUGAAAACGCGAAACGAAAGCAAAGACGGCAACGUUUGCUUCAAAAUGUGACAGAGAUUGAUGCAAAUGAGACUGCAGUCAAUGAGACAAUGGCCACCGACGCACCCGAGGAAGAGACUAUACCACUUGAGGCGUCUGUGGCGCUUGAUUUCCAAGAAAACGUCCUUUUGAUUGAUCCUCCUUUUGAUGCCAACAUCCUUCGUUUUCUGAUUGAAGCAACCUGCAGGGACUGUGAUGAAGAUACCGCCUUGUUUUCGUUUGGCACAAACGAAACAUCUUCUCCCGAAAUGGUGGCUUCCUAUUUCCAUCCAGGCCGCAGCAAUUUCCUACAGGGGGGUUCGGGGACUUGCUACUGUCCUUCCCACCCAGAUCCCCUCCAACGCGCUCCUACCACUGAAGAGUUCCAGUAUGCUUUCAACUUUACACUUUCUGCCCUCAAGGCUGGUGAUAUCUUUGAAGAAGUGGACACGCUGGAGGAUGUUCUUGAAGUGUCUGAAUUGGACUGUGAAGCCAAUGGAACCCAGUUCACCUCAACUGUUUUCGUUACGCUGGACAUGCCACUUUCGUCCCUUUCCGAUUUUGAACAAUUCACGGUGGAGGACGCAUUCAGGCAAAGUUACAAUGCUCUCUCAUUCUCCACGUGUGACGAAGUCUUCCGAGAGGUUAGCGACGUGCGUAUUGUCCCCACGACAGGACGUCGCCGAGAGCUAGAAGAAGCCCGUCGCACACAGUCCAAUGAAACCGCAUCGAAUGUCACUGUCGAGGAGCAGUACCCUGCUGUUUUUAGUGUCCUUGGAACCUGUAGAGGUUGUAUGGUUGAUGACAAUGGCUACUUUGCUCUAUUUGAUGAUGUGUUCCGUCGUGAACGAUACCUUGAGGAAGGAAUACCCAAGAAUAGUAUUAUCUUUGGGCAAUCAGCUGCCCCCAAGUUUGACUUUGGCCGAUCGUUGAAGGAAUCGGAGGAAAACAGGUUUGAGGUCUGCGCUUGUCCAGCUGACGUGCCGAACGACGGUUCUGCUGCACCCACUGCCGACGAAUUCCUCCUCAUCUUCAAUGACCGCUUGGUUCAGUUGGAGGAGGCAGGUGUCAUUGGAAACUUUGCAACGAUUGAAGAUGUCGUUGAAGCCGCCGAAGUCUGCGAUGGUGGAACCUUCCUCGCUGUGGUCGAUCGAUACGAACUUGGAUUCACCGGAGAUGUGGAUGCCGUCUCCGACGAUGUCCUGGAGUACAGCUUCCGCGUGGCAUACAACGCCCAACGUCAGGAGAACUGCGACCCCUUGGUUGCCAGUUCCGACGUUGUUACUCGCGGCGGUGUCUAUGUGGCUCAGACAAGACAGGAUUCGGGCAGCAGCGUCUCAAGCGUCCGCCUUUUCGCCGACACACUUCAAAUCGAGGAAGGCACAAUCUUUAUUGAUGACGCCACGCUGGACCGUUUCAUCGCGAACUACAAUUCGCUGUUGGCGUCUGGAGGCUACACAGCUCGCUUGGUGGCCGCUUUCCUUAAUCCGAGCGAUGCUCCCUCGAUGUCACCGAGUGAUGUCCCUUCAUUAACUCCCAGUGCAUCUCCGUCGCAAUUCCCCAGUCGAACGCCAUCUGUAUCACCGUCGAGCUCGCCCUCCAGCAAGCCUUCCCGAUCGCCCUCAUCCACGCCAUCUAGUUCCCCUUCGAUAUCACCAUCCAAGCGUCCUUCCAUUCAACCUUCCUUGACACCCAGCAUUCGUCCCACGAAUAAUCAAGCAAUGUGCAAUGACAAGGUCACUCGUUUGAGCGACUACAUCCUCAUCGACUACUCAUUGGCUCGCAUUGCCGAUAUCAACAUGGACAUCAACCUUAACUUGCCAGAUGUCUGGCCUUUGGAAGAUCCCGCAACUCUGAUUGCGGCGGAAGAGUUCAUUGCCGCCUACAACCGUCUGCAGGGCAGAGUGUUUUGCGAUCCUUUCGAGCGCAAGAUGGUAACCGUGACCUGCGUGUCCACCGUGAACAACAUCUUAUCCGGGACCCUGUGCUGUGAAGUCAAUUUCAAGUGCCGAGGAAACUGCGAAGAGUUUAUCUUCCCCGACCGAGACCCCAUUGGCGCGUUUUACGACCAGCCCGGAUUCGAAUACCCCACCGAUGGAAGUUGUACAUGCGACCGCAGUGCCCCCGAUCGUGCCCCCAGUGCCACGGAACACUUUGCCCGGAUCAAUGAAGCAGUUCCUCUGGAGAUACUGUCGUUUGAGUUCAGGGGCUUCUCUGCCUCCGAAUGCCCUCGCAACUAGCCUGGUUGAGCUUUGGGGACUAUGUUUUUGUUUGUUCUUCUUCGUCCUACCGAUAUCAGGCAAGAAGAAUGCAGGCAGCAUCGUUUCUCCGUUUCCCAAGUCCGGGAAGGCAGCCAGCAAACACUUGAAAUCACAAUCAAAAAGACAAAUCAAAAUGUUUAGAGUGCACUCCUUCAAACUAUAAUGCAUAACAGAACCUUCAUGAUGU